UUGGUCAGAUUCUAAUCAAACCACAAAGAUAUUCAUCAUCAUAAAUAUCGUAUUAUUCUUGCCCGGAUUCUUUGAAUUUCCAAGGAUUUCUGCGUAGACUUGGCAAGUUCAAAGUUGGCGUAAGGGAUACUUUCACCUCCUUGAUCGAACAUUUAUCAUUCUCCGUUGUCUUGAUUUGAGCAUUAGCGUUGCCCUUUUUACCAUAACGCGACCCCCUUCAAUACUGCUCUCGCCUCCUGCAAGAAGCGCGUCUCUCGCCAAUCGAGGGCUGGACUGUCUUACUUUUUCACGGGGAACUUUCCGUCGACUCCCUGUUGACAAAAAGCUACAUUGUGAGGAUAUGAUGAAUCUACUGCGCUCAAUAUGUACUCCUUACGCAGGUCCGAUAUUUUUCUGCUUCCGAGUGGAUUUGCAAAUACAGGAGAAUUGUCGAAGGUUUGGAUGAGGAUGCAGGAUGCUUGUAGUUGAUUAUCCUACGAAUAAUAGCCAUUGUUGUGUGUGCCUACCCAUCUAAGAAAUUGCGCGAUUUCCAACCUGCCUAGUCAAUGCUCAUAAAAACAAUCAAAGCCAAACAACCUUGUUGUUUGAAGCUUCUCUUGUUUGUUUUCAUUAUGUGAUUUUUGUUUAUAUUUUGAACAAUUCGACCAAUCAAUAACUCGGAAUCUCACGACCCGAGUGACUCUCGAUUCGGCACAAGGGAUGGACGUGGCUGGCAUAGUUCAAGGCCUUUCCUGCAGGCGCAAUGUGAGAAAAUCCUUGAUCCAAUGAACUUCCACUUUUUGAAACUGACAGAUCCGAUCUACUUUUGCCUUCAUACCUUUUGCAUAUGAUAACAUCAUAUUAUAUGCAAAGAAUGAACUUCCAGCCAGCUUUUUCCAGCCCAGCAGAAAAGCCUGAAAAUCGUUUGACUCCAGGGCUAUAAACACCACGUUGUCUCGUCAAUAUCCCUCGCAAGGAAACCAGUUAUCGAAGUGUCAGUCUUUCAAUCUAUUGCAAUUUGAUGUUCGCCGGUUUCUACAUUUGACUCUCCCGGGUAACCGACAGGAAUUUACCUUGCCUACAUUCCUCACCAACAAUGCGUGCUUCUAGCAACGGAUAUUUCGGCCAGUGCCUUCCUAUCGAUAAUGAUAUGAUUGCGCUGUCUCCACACAAUGAUUCAUGCAACGUUUGGUUAUUACCAUCAUCCACAAUGGUCAUCUCAAAGUCAGAUAUCAGUAAACCUUACCAAAACUCUUCAACUACGUUCAAUGGCUGGUCAAAAGCUCACAAUGACCCGCUUUCGGCGAAGAAAUGGCAACAACUUUCACUAGUCGAAACGGACCCGGGUAUGAUGGAAGAUCUCUUUGGGGCUUCUGACUCCGAGUCCUGUUCUGACGACGAUCCGUCAUCUUAUUAUUCAUCAUCAACCUCAAGCUACCCUCCACAAAGAGAAGAAGAAGAAGUCUGGAAUCGAUACUUUCACGCAGAGCCAGAUUACCUACCGUCUCCUCCUCCACCACCUCCCGUCUCUCAUCCCGUCUAUUCGCUAUUCCCGACAACGACACCACAAGCAUCUCAAGAGUACAAACAACACCUAACUCACAAAUCUUGGCCGGGCCAGCCUUGGCCUGAACGCCUCGAUUCGCGUCCUAAUCGUCCUAAUGGCCGCGCUCGCGCGCAAACCACCCCUUCUCAGCCGAAUACACCAACCAAUCUCAGUUCCUGCACAAACAUCAAUCAUCCACUCGCUGGAUCAUACGUCCCCGCCAACUAUCGUCACACACAUCCUCCUUUACCCCACUGCAACUCUUCUACGCCUCUAGUCUUGAAAUCGGAAUUCGAAACCGAUUCCGAUGACGAAGAUGAGAAUUCCCCUAGCAAGAUGGCGAAAGCUAUCGAAGAGAUGUUUGAAAAGUUUCGUUCGAACGGAGGAAGCUCAAAUAAGAAUGGGGGCGAAGAAAAGCGAAGAAGAUCAGGUGGAUUUAGAAGAAGUGCAAGUGAGGCUUGUGAGGCCGUGAAGGGUAUCUUCAGCAAGAAGUCCCACAUACCUUCAGAACGACGUCUUUCAUGAAUAUCAACCGAAUGAAAAUUUCCUUUGUGCGAAUAGCUUCACGGAAAAUGAUUGACGAUCAUGAUUGUGUGUUGAAUGAGUAUGAACACUGAACUGGGCUGCUUAGAUAUUGGUUUUUUUAUACUUUUCCUUUGACUUGGCUACACACAAAAGGUCGGUUAGGAAAAAAAGAUGGUCACGGAAACAUUUCUAUCGUAUUAAAAAGUCUGCCUGUUGGAGUAUCAUGAACCUAUACUAAUCUUUGCUCUGAACUGUAUGCUAUCAUCGCAGAGCACUCUUUAUGUAUAACGCGGUGUUUAGGUCGGGAUUGGAAUUAAUGGAGGAAAUGGGGAAAACGGAGAAAAUGAUGGUCAUGACUUCACGACGAAAGCAACUCAAAGAGUUAAUGAAAUAUAUUUCUUAUAAUCCUAUCAUU